AAACAUUUUGAGGCAUAUGCGAAUCGUAUUUUGCCGGAAAAGUACUGUUGUUGUUCCAUAAAAAUCAUUUCAUUUGUUGUCAACGCGACCGAAACACGAUGUUCGACGAAUUUCUUAUAGUGUUGCAUGUUGUUAAACGGUUUCUUUAAUAGAGUUAAUGUGUAAUGAUUCAUUGAUUUGUACGAAUGUAGAUGUUCCUAUUGUGUCGGUGUAUUUAAACAUCACGGCAUGUUUAAGACAGUCCGGGCGCAACACGGGGCAGGAGAUGUAGCGGCCGAACUUGAAUACACUAUAUUGCCUCAAACCGACGACCGUUCUUCCGGUUCGAGCGGCGAUGAUGAGCCGUGUGCGGCCGAUGGCCGCCGACGUUGUGGCCACCGUGCGGACUUUGGUGACAGCAACAGACGGACCGUAAUCAUCAUUGUGGCCAUGUUGGUGUUAGGCUGCGGGGUGGUGGCGGCUGCCGUGUUGGUACCUAUACUGCUAGCCGCCCGGCUGGUGAGCAUGCCGACGUCCGCACGAUUACAGACGUUUGCUGUUGCCGCCUCGGGCGUAGUGCACUCGGCUCGCGGUGACUACGUACAGCUACUGCCCGUCAAGCACGCGGCUCCUGGCACGGUCAUUGAAUUCGAUAGGCUGGCACCACCGCAGCUGCCGCAAAUACCACCAAGCCACAGGGCGAGACGAUCGGUUGCUGCGUUGACGGCCAAACGGCGCCGAAAGUGGCCAGACAACAACCAUUUCCAGAGGUCCGGUGCCAAUUUCCGAUCUCUGGACUUCCGAAUUCCAUAACGUUGACCUCAAUCGUGCAAUGUCAACGAGCAAAACAAUCAGAACCUAAUAAUAUAUAUUUAAUUGGUGGUUUAGAAAUCAUAAUAAAAAAUAUGACCAGAAAUAUUUGUUUGUAAAUAAAUUGCUCUACAUCGAUAUAACAUGAAUCAAACAAGUAAAUAUUAAAAUCAAAUAUAAGUACGAUGGAUUUUUUAAUGAAUUGCAGUAGAAGUUCUUUGAUGUAUGACAUUCUUGGAUGAUAUUGAAUCAAUAGCUAAUAUUUGAUGAUAUUCUGAAAAAAAUUGAAUCGAGUCAGCAAGCAAUUAUAUCACAAAAGGUAUGAAACAAAAUUACUUAUGUGGUAUCAAUUUUAAUGACAAAAUUUUCAUUAGACGACAUUGAAAAUUAUUUAUGCUAAGAUAAGAUAUAACAAUCUACGAUCAGAGUAAAAUUUAAAAUAAUGGAAAUUUGAUCGGUAAUGUGGAAUUUGUUAUGUGAUGAAGUCACUUUACAUUGGAUGACUAAUUUAUCUUAUACCUCUUGAUUAAAAUGUGACAACGAACAGAAGUCAAUUUAAAGACUCAAAUAUGUAUUAUACUAAGUUGUAAUGCAAACAAAUUUAGUGUAUAAUAUAUGUAUUGAUAAAUAGAAAUGUGUAUUUUGUAUAUUAAAGUUCAAAUAUAUUUAUUGUUCAUAAAAAUAACAAAUUAAAUUAUUGUAUUGAAUAUUAAUGCAUUGUUAUUAAUCAUAUUGUACUUUU